AUGGAGGAAGACAGAAUCAGCCAAUUACCAGACGAAAUUCUCCAACAAAUCCUCUCAUUGAUCAGCAUCCAUGAAGCCGUCAAAACAACCAUUCUCUCCAAGCGAUGGCAACACGUCUGGCGCUCCCUCUCCCUCCUCCGCUUCCACCGCACCGCCGCCGCCGGCAGCCGCGUCCUCUCCCGGUUCGUCUCCCAGCUCCUCUCCCUCCGCGACUCCUCCGCCCCCGUCCACGACUUCCACUUCUCAUUCGACGGCCGAUUCCCUCUCCCCUUCGUGGCGGAAUGCGUGGCCUACGCCGUGAGCCACGGCGUCCGAUCCCUCCGCCUCCACGCCCCCGCCCACCGAACCCUAAGGCUCCCCGCCGCGCUCUUCGCCUCCACGACGCUGCGGGAGCUCGAGCUCCGCCAGCUGGAUGAAGGAAUCCACAUACCCGGACACUUUUCCCUACCGAAUUUGAAAACCCUUUAUCUCGAAACGCAGUUGUACUUCGAUGAUUAUGACGUGGAGAGGGAGCCCUUUGCCGGGCUCCCCGAGCUCGAGAGGCUCACUCUCCGCGGGUACCCCAUUCCUCGCCUUGUUAUAAAGGCUCCCAAGCUUAGAGUUCUUGAAAUCUUUUCCUAUGAAGACGUAGUGGGAGAGAUAUCUGCUCCGUUGCUUACCUCCUUCACAUUCCGUUGCCGUCGUCCUUGGGGUGAUGCUAAGAUGCAUCUCCCGUCGUUGGAGGAAGUCCGGUUAAACAUUUAUGGCGAUGGUUCGUGUCGCGACUUAGUUUGGAUGCUUCACCAACUCGCGAACGCUACCACUGUUACGUUGACUUUGGACACUAUCAGGAUUCUUGAAUGGGAUUUUGAUCUCCAUGAGAAAAGUUCUCCAUUUCCCAACAUCAAACGUCUCAAGGUGGUUAGAAGGAGUCCUCAUGGGUACAUUGGUAACUGGUGUCCUCAAGUUAACAACAAACUGCAAAGGAGAGUAAUCGACUAUAUGACACUAGGAACCUUGAAUUCUGAUUCGUUGAUGGUGGAGAUUCCUGAUGAUUUGGUUUUGAUUGAAUAUGAGCCGGGGUGGUGGUACUGGCAGUUGUGA